CUUUUCUGUUAACCUGUUUGACAACGAGUGAACAUAGCUAAUAAAUAUUUAUUGACAAAUAUCUACCAAAAUAUUUUUGAAAUAUCAUUUUUUAAAUCUUGUGUAUAUCAUCGGAUGUAGCAGAAAAAUAAUAAAACGCUUAAAUUGGGUGACCCAACAAAAGCUUGAAGUCUACACCAAAACAUUGGGUCAGUCGGAUAAUUGGAUACACAUUACUGUGUUUUAGGCCUUACGGUUGUUUUAUGUAUUCAGUACGAUUGAUAUUCGUUAAAAACAACUGUUUUUAAUUCAAUAUAACGCAAAUCGUGUGAUCGUCAAGUUUAAAGACGAUAAAAACAGAUAACUCUUUAUUUAACACUUAUCUUACAAUGUACAAUAUUAAACUAACGUCUGUCGCGUGACCUUAUCACACUAUUGAUACGUAUAUAUACACAUGAAUGAUUUCUGUCUACCAUAAGUAUAAACUGUAAGUUCGAUAGACAUAACAAUGCUCGCGUGUGUUUUUAUUUUGGCGGUGUACGGUACCCUGACAAUUGUUGAAACCAAUGGUCAGUCCGACUUUGACUGGUUGACAUGGAAAUUGGUCCAUCAGAAAAUCUACUCCGACGUGAGUAGUGAGCUUAUACACAGGCACAUUUGGGAAGAGAAUUACCGGCUUGUUCAGAAACACAACGCAAACGCUAACGCGACUUUUACCAUGGAACUGAAUCACCUUGCGGAUCAGAAACAACGCAUGCAUAGUCUGACAGUUACUCUGGAUGAGCCCAUUCUUCGAUUUGAACAUCACCUGAACAAUGUCCCUGAUGCGUGGGACUGGAGGAAACAAGGGUGUGUGGGUCCAGUUCAGGACCAAGGACAAAUGGGGGACAAUGUGCCGAUAGUUGCUACAGAGUGCGUUGAUAGUUUUCAUUGCACUAAAACGAGAAACCUGGUGUCCGCAAGCGUCGUAGAGAUGCAUGACUGUUGUGCCAAAACCCCGAUUGCUUCGAACCAUAUAUUUCAAUGCGUGCACGACAUUGGUGGUCUAUGCUCAACUGGUGACUAUCCAAGAAGCACCGGUGUUUGUAAAAAUUCUACAUGCCAAGCUGUAGCAACGGUCAAUGGCGGGAAACAGGUACCGACAGGCGACGAGACAGCUAUGAAGGCGGCUGUGUAUACAACACCAGUGUUCGCCUUAGUGGACGCAAGCCAUCCAUCCUUUCAGUUGUACAGAGCGGGAACAUACAUCGAGCCGAGAUGCUCCUCCAGUAUGCUUGAUCACGCAUUGCAGGUGGUCGGGUAUGGAUCGGCGAGUGGGGUGGACUAUUGGAUAUGCAAGAACAGCUGGGGCGUCAACUGGGGAAUGCAGGGGUAUAUAUACAUAGCACGCAACAAAGGCAAUAUGUGCGGCAUAGCAAGCUUUACGAUAUACCCUGUUUAAUAAUGAUAUUUGUAUUAUGUUUAUAUUUACCGAGGUGUACAGCAAAGUAACUUGUGUUUCCUUUAUUUUAUGUCAUCUUUAUGUCAAUUAUAUUUAAGUUAUACCCAGUUUAGGGAUUUUAAUAUGCAUCUUUCCUGACAUUGCUUGUCAAUUUUAUCUUAGUCCAUUUCGUUUCAAUAAUAUUGAGCUUAUUAUAGUUUGAAUGAUUAAAAAAUGCCUUUAUCAUGUACUGUUGAAAUAAGAUGUAAGUCGCGUAAUUUGAAAUAAAUAAAUUCAGACUUUUA